UCUAGCCUGAAACCGAGCAGUUCCAGGUGUUCCGAUACAAUGACCUCAAUACCAAUACUCCGUCCAAGAUGGCCGCCUGAGUGAAGAAUUUACACCUCUCAAGUGAAACUAAUCCAACAGCUCGCUGCUUGAACAACUUCAGCUAAAUGUUUGGAUAAUUAAACGGCGACACUGGCGAUGUUCGUUUUGGCUUUACGUUUUAAGUCCGUGACUGUUGAGGUCAUGGAGUAAAAAGCCGUCAAAGGUUGGUGGAAGUGAUUCAACUUUUGGAAGAAAUAUUUCAAAGACAAUUGGUGAUGAAAGGCAUCUGAGAUACUGAGGGCCUUUUAUUGUAGCCCAGCAUGGACAACUUCUUCAAGGCAGCUGUUUGUGAUCUGGACAAGUUGCUCGAUGACUUUGAGCUCAAUUCUGGGGAACCAGAUUGCAGGCCAGUUUUCUCGAAGCCCUCCUCACACACCUCCUCCCAGCAUCUCUCCUCAGACUCCUCCACUGCCACAUUAAGCCUCCCCGACCUUAACUCUCUCUAUUACGGCUCUGCAACCAGUGGCUCUGAUGGUUCCAGUAACCACAGUCACAGAGAGACCAGAGGUCAGUCUCUCACCGGGGUGGAUCUUCUCUCCUCUGUGGACUGUAGACCAGGAAAAAACUCUGCCCCUCCCUGCCCAGACCGGACUCUGAAGCCAGUGUGUGACCUUGUGAAUGAUGCCAGCUCAGCUAUCCUGGUCCGGACAAACAGCCACGAUGCUUUCAGUGAGCUGGACCUGGCAGAGCAGCAGAUAGAGGAGGAGGCACUGCUGGUGGACUUCACUAGCCACGUGGUGACAGAGGAGAGUGUAGACGGCAGCGUCAGUGCUGGUCAGGAUAAGCAAAAAUCUGUUGGACCAGAUGAACUUCUGGGUCUGGACCCCAUCGAGCUGAGCGGUGGAUACUUUGCCUCGCUCAGCCUGCUACACAUUGUUCUUCCUGCAGCUGCAGAGAAAACCGCUGAGGUCACAGAGGAUUCACCAUCACCAACAAGGACCACCAAGUCAGCCGAUGUGGACGAGAAGGACACCAAAGAGACACCAGUGGUGGGAAUCUCUGUAGACCAACAUGAAACGGAACAUGUAGACAGGGUUGAAGAAUUGAUACCAGUGAGUGAGGAGGUGCAGUCAGAUAAGGUCUUUGAUGAGGCUGUAGCUGAAUCUACUGAAAGUAGACCAUGUGACGCCUCAGACAGUAAACCAGUCAGCUUGUCAUGUCUACCGAUAGCUGUUUCAAUGUGUGGAGCUCUUGUGAACUCAAAGACCAGAGAAGAUGAUCUGGAGGCAGCUUCAAUGCAGAGAGAUGAGGCUGGUGUUUCUACAAGCACUGAGGCAGGUGCCCUAUCAGCCUUAGGACCAAAGAAUGACACACAAGACUUCCCCAGGGACACCUCCAGAGAUGCCAGCAAAGAGCAGGACACUCCCUGUUUAGAGAACCCUUCUGAUUCAGACCAAAUCUCAGAGCACAGAGCAUCUCUAGAACAUCUGCAUGUUUCUCUUGAAUCUGCUGCUGCUUUGCCUCCUGCAGACCGGUUUUCCUCUGACCGCUCAGAACCCAGCCCCGUGGAUCCUCCUGAGUUUGGUUUUGAGUAUCUGCCUGAGAGUGACCAGGCUGAGCUGCUGGUUACAGAUGAGGAGCUGGACGCCUUCCUUCAGGCACACACUGAAGCAGAGCAAGGUGCAGGUGUUUCUUAUUGCAUCAGUCCUGGAGAUUACUCUCAGCCAGAGUCAGAUUAUGUUUCAGAGGACAGGCUUCAGGAGUGGGAAUCACAGAGGUGUGGACAAGAUGAAUUGGAAAACUUAGAGGAACUGGUGUCUCCAAAAAAUGACAGAACAGCUUCUCCGUCAGCAGCAGAAAGUUUAAACUGUGGUGCUUUAUCACUAUCACACGACUCAUCUGGGGUAAGCCUUUCUUUAACCAGCAGCACUUUGCAGUCCCAGCACAGCAGUAGCCCUGAUCAGCAGCCCUUCUAUGGAGGGGCAAGACCCAAACAGCUGCCCUGCCAGACUGUAAGACCUCCACCAGCAGGACAGGAAGGAGAAGAGCAGGCUCAGUUCAUAACUGCUUCUCCAACAGCAGAGGAUGAGGACAGUUCAACCAUAAGCCCGAGUCCUACAGAAGAGCAUCCUAACUUUAGGGAAUCCAACUGUACAAACACCCAUCAGGAUCAUCACGAGUUUUCUGUGGGGUUUGAUGAGCUGUCAGAGCCACAGCCGUAUCCUGGAGAGCAACCUGCUGACCCUGCCAGACCAGGGAGCUGGAGUAGCGACGGGCCGGAGGAGCUGGGGAGCAGACAGCCUUCGUGGGUCCCAGACUCUGAAGCUCCUAGCUGUAUGAACUGUAACCAGAGGUUUACCUUCACCAAGAGACGGCAUCACUGUCGAGCCUGUGGGAAGGUGUACUGCACCCCUUGCUGCAACAAAAAGUGCAGGCUCAAGUACCUGGACAAAGAGGCUCGUGUGUGUAUCUUCUGCUUUGUGACUAUAAACAAAGCCCAGGCUGUGGAGCGGAUGAUGAGUCCUACAGGUCCCAGCCCAAACCCCAACGUCCCGUCUGAGUAUUGCAGCACCAUUCCUCCUCUUCAGCAGGCUCGAGCUGCUGGCACUCUGAACUCCCCACCGCCAACCGUCAUGGUCCCUGUGUCUGUUCUUAAACACCCAAACAACGAUGCUUGUCCACGUGAACAAAAGCGUGUGUGGUUUGCUGAUGGCAUCUUACCAAACGGAGAGGUGGCCGACACGACCAAACUAUCAGUGACAAGUCGCAGGAGCUCCCAGGAGUUCACUUCAGACCCGACAAUACCUGCCUCAUCAGGGUUGGACCCUGGAGUUAGUGUUUCUUCCACCCCAGAUGGUUCUGGAUCUGCAGACGUAGUCCGGCUUCCAGUGUCAGGACCCUGGGAUUAUGGGCUGCUUUCUGGAAUCAGUUCUUCAGUGAGGAGGGUUCCCAGCCUGCUGCCAGAUAAUGAAGAUGUGCUACCACCACUGCUCAUCAGCACUGGAGAGGAUGAGGGAGAAGACGUCUUGGUUGAGGAGAGUCCAGCACCCUGCCAGAUUCUGCACUUACUGGAAGAGGGAGGACCUCGGCCUCUGACUUUUGUUCUGAAUGCCAACCUGCUAGUCAAUGUCAAACUGGUUACAUACUCCAACAGGCAGUGCUGGUGCUUCAGCUCCAACGGGCUACAGGCACUGGGACAAAAAGAGCUGGUGUUUCUGUUGGAGUGUUUACCAGGAGAAAAAACUCUUCCCAGGGACUUCUUCUUACUCUAUCUCAGCAUUUAUCAAGAUGCCCUAAAAGGGAAGUUUGUGGAGGAGCUGGAUAACAUGAUGUUCACAAGCAGUUUCCUGGGCAGUAAAGAUCAUGCUGGGAUGCUGUUCUUCUCUCCCUCCUGUCAGCCUCUGGAUGGCCUGGCACUCCCCACACAGUCCUUCCUGUUUGGUGUUCUUGUUCAGAAACUGGAGGUUCCCUGGGCCAAAGUCUUCCCGCUCAGACUGCUUCUGCGGCUUGGAGCCGCAUAUGACAUGUAUCCCACUGCUUUGUAUAGUGUUCGUUUUCGGGACUCUGUGUAUCGAGAGGCAGGACACACCAUCAUGAACUUACUGGCUGAUCUGAGAAAUUACCAGUACAGUCUUCCAGUGGUGGAAGGCCUGAGGAUCCACAUGGAGAUGGGUCACAGCUAUAUUGAAAUCCCCAAAAGUAGCUUCAAUGAGAUGCAGAAAGUGGUGAACUCGUCCAACGAGCACGUCAUCAGCAUCGGGGCAAGUUUCAACCUGGAGGCUGACUCCCACCUGGUGUGUUUCCAGAACGAGGAGGGAACCUAUCAGACGCAGGCCAACAGCAUGCCAGGAAAGACUCGAACAGUGACUGGAGCCAGUUUUGUUGUGUUUAAUGGAGCACUAAAAGCCUCCUCUGGCUUCAUUGCCAAGUCCAGCAUUGUUGAAGAUGGGUUGAUGGUUCAGAUCCCCCCUGAAACCAUGGAGUCAUUGCGCUCAGCUCUGAGAGAGCAGAUGGACUUCCACAUACCAUGUGGCAAGAAUGACGGUGAGGAGAUCCAGGAAAACGUCACCAUCCGCUGGAUCGACUGGACAUCGCCCAUCAACUCUGGAAGAACCAGUGGAGUUGAUGGGAGACCUCUGGAUGGCGUCCACAGUGUGAAGAUGCAGCAGGAUGUUGAGUUUGAGGCUGACAAUCGAACCAUCAAGUGCACUGAGGUGUUCUACCAGCUGAAGUCUGAUGACCGCAGCCUGCUGUCGGUGCUGUCAUCUUGCAGCGUGUUUCAGAAGGAGAUCGCCCUGGCAACCUGCAGUGCUCUGGCACCUCACCUCACUGUUUUUACUUCCGGGGGAAUCAACACCCUCUCACUUCGCAUCUCCACUCAGGCUGACAUGGUGGAGUACCAGGCUGGUUCUGGAGGCAGGCUCCUCCCUCAGCGCUACAUGAACGAGAUGGAUGGUGCUCUGAUUCCCGUCAUCCACGGAGGUAGUGGUAGUGUUCCAUCGGUUGCCAUGGACAUGGAGUUCAUCUUCUACAUCACACACUCAAUCUAACAGACUCAGAGUGCUGAGACAGAGACGUGCUGAACAGAAGCAGCUAUGAGCUCUGAGAGGACGCUCCAUCUAUGAGGUUGGAUGUGUUUCAGAAACUGAUUUCAGGUGGAUUUUCUGUUAGGCGUGCUCACCAAAGCUGCGUUAACAUACGAAGCCAAACACUAAACAUGGAAUACGACGGGCAACCAAACGUUCUCUUCUGCUCUGCCUUCCUGUCUCUCUGCUGGCCUCUGGCAUCUUGGAGCUCCUUGGUGAAUGUUUCCCUCAGAAACUGUCAGAACACACGUCUCAUCUUGGAUGUAUUUAUUAUAUUUUAAUACUGAAUGAAAUCACAGCAGGUGCUACUGUACACACUUUAUCAUAGCUGGUUAUAUGUGAAAAUAGUUUCCUCUCCCAGAGCGUUGCUCCUGGUUUAUACGCUCAGACACAGUGAGCCUUGUGCAGAAAAGGUUGUGUUUAUUCACCAUCAUCAUCACCUAAAGUCUCAAGAGCUUCUCGUGUAACCAGUCAUCAUUCAGGUCCUCUAAACUUUGCAUUAAACAACCAUUUAAAGGAA